GGGAGGUCCCACCUCUUCAACUUCCCUAGAAACUCGUGACGGACACCCCACCUCCCUCUAGAUUCACUCGUCCUACACCCGCUUUCGCUUUUCGACUAUCUAAUCUAAUAAGGAUAUGUUUCAGCAAAAACAUUAUGAACUCAUUUAAAUGGUCGACUUUUUUAUGGAGACUGUAUCCAUCUUACCUUUCCUCCAAGGUAAAACCAUUUCAACAACUCUUUAACAAAUAACGAGAUUGUUUUCGUGCCAUAACCUCAACACCAUGUAAACAAGUUGGUUUGCGCCUGAAAGGUUGUCAUCAAUGGCUUCGAUUUCAUGAGUUUUGGAAACUAACCAGGAAUAAUGAUUCGCGAAACGGACAAUGGCUUCGGAGAAUGGGGCGGUUAUAUGCAAGCAAAGAUCGACAAACUCGAGGAACAGUUCGAACAAUCUAGCAACUUCCUCCGCCAGUCCACUUUGUUCGCCGGCAUUUCUAUUUACGUGAACGGACUGACUAAUCCUUCGGCGGACCAAUUGAAGCGGAUUAUGAUGGUACACGGGGGCGUAUUCCACCACUACGAGCGUUCGUACACGACAUACAUUAUCGCUUCCAACCUGCCGGAUGUGAAGAUCAGAAAUAUGAACACCAGCAACAUAAUCCGGCCUGAAUGGGUUGUCGAUUGUGUUAAGGAGAACAGGAUCCUUGAUUACACUAAAUACCUGCUCUACACCAACCAAAAACCGUCGCAACCGAAAUUAAUGUUCCAAAAAAAGGAGAAGCCGAUCGACAAGUUUGAAACCGUGCAGUCAUCAAAUCAUGAGGAGCCAUCAAAUGACGAGGAUAAGGAAUGCUUAAAUAUAAUGAAGGAACUUGACGAUUUGAAUAAGAUAAUGAAGGGGCAGAACAACCAAUCAGUGCCGAACAAUGCUUCGCCGGAUAUACUCGAAGAAGAGGAACCUCAUGUAGAGCCUCUGGGGCAGAAGGAGGAGGAGUCUUCCAAGCAAGCAGCAACGACGUCCAAAUUUGCAAAAUCUGCAAUUGAUCCUAACUUCCUGUCCGAGUUUUAUAACAAUUCUCGACUGCAUCACAUUGCCACCCUCGGUGCAGGCUUCAAGCAAUACGUCUCAGAGCUAAGAGCAAAACAUUCUGGCACUUUUCCACAACGGGAAGACAUUCGCGGAAAACUUCCCAAGCUCGACACUCCGCAAACUUACCCUCAGACAAUUAUGCACAUCGACAUGGACUGUUUUUUCGUAUCGGUCGGGCUCCGUUCCAGACCACAUCUGCGUGGCGAACCUGUAGCAGUCACGCAUUCAAAAGGAACGGAUGCUGUAGCCCGGCCGGGGACUGACAGGCAAAAGGAACGCGAACUGUACCUGAAAAGGCUUGAACAAAAAUCAAACAAUUACAUGAAAAGUGAAAAAAUCAAAAGUGGAUUCGAAGGCAAUGAGUCGCUUUCCGAAAUCGCCUCCUGCAGCUACGAAGCCCGGAAAAUGGGCGUUCGGAACGGGAUGUUUGUUGGCCAAGCAUUGAAGUUGUGUCCUGGCCUAAAAACCAUCCCCUACGACUUUGAAGAAUACAAAGAAGUGGCUUUCACCCUAUACAACACAGUGGCCCAGUACACUUUGAAUAUCGAGGCUGUGAGCUGUGACGAAAUGUUUGUGGAUCUCAGCGACGUUUUGAACGAGUUGCAGGCAGCCACCAUGGACUUUGUGGGGCUUGUAAGGGAGGAAGUGAAGACGAAAACAGGAUGUCCUUGCUCGGCUGGUGUGGGAGGUAACAGGUUACAAGCCCGCAUGGCUACGAAGAAAGCCAAACCAGAUGGACAGUUCUUCCUAAGUCCAGAAAAUGUCGAAGAUUAUAUGGCAAAUAUUCCAAUUGAUGACCUCCCAGGCGUAGGGUACAGUACUUCGUACACCCUCGAACAAUUGAAACUGAAAACAUGCGGCGACUUACAGCAAAUACCUUUGGCGAAACUACAACAAGAAGUUGGAAAGAAAUUCGGCGAAACCCUAUAUCAGUUCUGUCGUGGCGUAGACAAUCGGCCAUUAGUUUAUGGGCAGAUCCGGAAAUCAAUCUCAGCAGAGGUCAACUAUGGAAUUCGAUUCACUGAAUAUGCAGAAUUGGAAAAGUUCUUGCGGCAACUUUGCGCCGAAGUACAUUCGCGCCUGAUGGGAAUUAAACGUCGUGGAAAAUGUAUUACUCUUAAGUUGAUGGUUCGGGCAAAAGAAGCUCCCAUUGAGACAUCAAAAUUCAUGGGCCAUGGCUACUGCGAUAAUCUGACAAAAUCAACAACUCUUCCUGAUUACACCUGUGACUUGGAUGUGAUUACAAGAACUAUACUUACUACCAUGAAGUCAUUGAAUAUUCCUCCGAAAGAACUGCGAGGAAUCGGUAUACACAUCGGAAAACUGGAUAAUCCUGACGAAAAUAAGGCGAAGAAGGAAAAUGUUUUGAAAACCAUGUUCAACAAAGUUGCUGAGAAGCGGAAAGAGUCAUCUACGCAAAAUCCUGAACCUACUAAAAAUGAAUUAAAAUCACCAAUCAAACCCAUUCCUGAAAAACGCAAAACAUCGCCAACUACUCCUGAAAAGAAACCUUCGAAAAUAAGCAAAAAAGGACGAGGAAAAUCGAAAGCUACCAAAACAAUAGACGUCUCAAACAUGCUUCAAAACGCUGCCAAACGGAAGGUCCAAGAACAACUUCCGCCCGACAUCGACUACAACGUUUUAGCUGAAUUACCGGAAGACAUAAGGGAAGAAAUCUUACGCGAGCAUAGACAAUAUACAAGCGCCAACACUGUUUCAAAACAAGAAAGUACCUCGCCUGAAGCAAUUCGAAACCCUUCCCCAAAUGUUGAAGCUGAAUUCCUGCAAGCAUUGCCUCCUGAACUGCGUAUGGAAAUCGAGCGAGAUAUGAAUUUACACCGCAAGAACGUAGCAGUCGACAGUAAAACUUCAGAAAGUAGCAACAAAUGCGAAACUGAAAGCAAACCCCCAGAAUCCGAAAAUAUUUUUGAUCAAAAAAAUUGCAGACACCUUAUUGAAUCGUGGAUAGAGAGCUCGGAAAGUCCCGAAGAAUGCGAUGUUGAUAUAUUCGCCCAAAAUGCUCAAGAGCUGAUACAAACAAGGCGUAUCACGGAUUUAUUAGUGCCACUGAGGUUGCUUCACAGACUUAUAAGCGCGAAAGAGAGCUGCGUCUGGCAUGCAGCCUAUAAAACCAUUCUAAAUGUCGUUCAACGAGAAAUGGUCGCUACAUACGGUUCUAAAAUGAUGCUUGAAGAGGCAGUGGAUUGCAAUAAAUGUGCCUAAUUGUUAAGUUUAUUAAACGUUUUCCUACCUCAUCGUGAUAGAAGAAGAUUAUUUUAUAUUUUACUGUUAUACAGGAUUAGAAUAAAACAAAAUACUAAACUA